CGUGGGUUACGUGCUUCUGGUCAGCCAAGGGCUGGUAGGGCAAGGGCUAUCGAGCUUAUAAAAGCCACCCAGCGCUCUCAUCAUAACAUUCUUUCGUUGGUGAUUUGGGUGUUUGGUUCGGAAUAUGAGUGCGAUUAGCUGGAUACUAAUGGUCCUGGUGGCGGCGCUGUCCUCCACCGCCUCCGCUUUCUUCCUCAACUGGGGAUCUUCCAACCAAGAAACGAAUCCUCCAUACCCCGCCUAUUAUUACCACCAACGGGUCCUGCAGGCUCCUACAGGAUAUACGGAACCUCCGGUUCCUGCAAUUCCGGUGCAGGUUCCGCUCCAGGCACAACUCACUCCUGCAACGGUGCAUAAUGUCCAACUUGUGCCGUGCUUAUGUCCGGUUUCGCAAGAUUACGAGUUGGAGAAGAAUUCGCAGGAGUUUUUCAGCAGCCAACACAAGACCAAUUAAAAAUGAGAAAAUUGUUCGUAGUUUCUCUGAAGACUGAUACGUUAUUAUUUUUGUCUUUAAUUUAUAUAAAUAUUUUUAUUAUUAUGUGCUAGUAAUUUAAUUAAUAAUAAAUUAUUUAUUGACUAA